AAGAUGGAGCUGCCACCUCGUCCAACACUGUUUGACUUCCAUGGAGUCUCCAUGAUCAAAUACUUCACUGACAACUGGGACAUUUUGCAGAACUUCAAAGCCAGACCAGAUGAUAUUCUUAUAGCUACUUACCCUAAAGCAGGAACCACAUGGGUCUCUUACAUCCUGGAUCUUCUGUAUUUUGGGCAGACAUCUCCAGAGCGCCAGGCGUCCAUUCCUAUUCAUGAAAGAGUGCCGUUUCUGGAGAAAAGCGUACCUUCUCAACUCUCAGGUAAAGACUUGGCAGACCAGCUUCCCACCACUCCUCGUCUCAUUAAAACUCAUCUACCAGUCCAGUUUGUGCCCAAGUCCUUCUGGGAGCAGAACAGCAGGAUAGUUUAUGUGGCUCGUAAUGCAAAGGACAGUGCAGUGUCCUAUUUCCACUUUGGCCGCAUGAACAGUAUCCAUCCAGAACCAGGUGACUGGAGCACGUUUCUAAAGGAUUUCAUGGAGGGAAAGAUGGUGUUUGGGUCGUGGUAUGACCAUGUGAACGGCUGGUGGGAGAAGAAACAGACGUAUUCAAACCUUCACUACAUGCUGUAUGAAGACCUGAUUGAGGACUGUGGACGAGAGAUAGACUGUCUCUGUUCCUUCCUUGGUUUGUCUCCUUCAGCUGAGGAGAAGGAAAGAGUCACAAAUGAAGUGAAAUUUGAAAACAUGAAAGCGAACAAAAUGACAAAUUGUUCUGCUGUCCAAGCUAUGAAUCACAAAGUGUCUCCUUUCAUGAGAAAAGGGAAAGUUGGUGACUGGAAGAACCAUUUCACCGUGGCCCAGGAUGAACAGUUUGAGGAGGACUACAAGCAGAAAAUGAAGAAUCCUACACUGAAGUUUCGUACUGAAGUUUAAGUGUUCAG